GCUCAGUUUAGCUACCAUCUGCGCGAACAGCAGGAAGCAUACAGAAAUUCACUGAUACAGGUGAGAUGGAGAGGUGACUGGAGCGGAGCACGGUGAGCAGGGUGUCGCCGCCAUGACGGAGUGCUUCCUGCCCCCCAGCAGCAGCCCCAGCGAGCAGAGACGGGCGGAGCACCCGGGAGGCGUGGCCCGCACGCCCAGCUCCGAGGAGAUCAGCCCCACCAAGUUCCCGGGCCUGUACCGCGGGGGCGAGCACUCGCCCCCGCACGACGGCCACCACCACGAGCCGCCCGAUGCCGCCUCGGACGACGAGAAGGAGCACGGCAAGAAGAAGAACAAGUUCAAGAAGAAGGAGAAGAGGACCGAGGGCUACGCUGCGUUCCAGGAGGACAGCUCAGGAGAUGAGGCGGAGAGCCCCUCCAAGAUGAAGCGCUCCAAGGGCAUCCACGUCUUCAAGAAGCCCAGCUUCUCCAAGAAGAAGGAGAAGGAGUUCAAGGCCAAGGAGAAGCCAAAGGACGACAAGGCCAAAGACAAGAAGUCCAAGGACCUGACGGCGGCCGACGUGGUCAAGCAGUGGAAGGAGAAGAAGAAGAAGAAGAAGCCCAGCACCGAGCCCGAGCCGGUAGCCGUGGAGGCGCCCUCGCCACGGCCCAUCUUUGGGGCACCGCUGGCUGACGCCGUCAGGAGGACGGCGCUCUACGACGGCAUCCAGCUGCCCGCCAUCUUCCGGGAGUGUGUGGAUUACAUCGAGAACUACGGCAUGAAGUGCGAGGGUAUCUACCGCAUCUCAGGUAUGAAGUCGAAGGUGGACGAGCUGCGGGCGGCAUACGACCGGGAGGAGUGCCCGUGCCUGGAGGAGUACGACCCCCACACGGUGGCCAGCCUCCUGAAGCAGUACCUGCGCGAGCUGCCCGAAAACCUGCUGGGGCGCGACCUGGCCCCCCGCUUUGAGGAGGCCUGCGGGCGCCCCACCGAGGCGGAGAAGGUGCAGGAGUUCCAGCGGCUGCUGGCCGAGGUGCCCCCCUGCGGCCGCCUGCUCCUGGGCUGGCUGGUCACCCACAUGGACCACGUCAUCAGCCGCGAGGCCGACACCAAAAUGAACGUCCAGAACAUCUCCAUCGUCCUCAACCCCACCGUGCAGAUUGGGAACCGCGUCCUGUACGUGUUCUUUACGCACGUGCGCGAGCUGUUCGGGGAGGUGACGCUGAAGCCCGCUGUGCGGCCACUGCGCUGGUCCAACAUGGCCGCCAUGCCGGCGCUGCCAGAGACCCAGGAGAGCAUCAAAGAGGAGAUCCGCAGACAGGAGUUCCUGCUGAACUGCCUGCACCGGGACCUGCAGGCAGGGGUGAAGGACUUCUCCAAGGAGGAGCGUCUUUGGGAGGUGCAGCGCAUCCUGACGGCUCUCAAACGCAAGCUGCGCGAGGCCAAGCGACAGGAGUGUGAGACUAAGAUCGCCCAAGAGAUUGCCAGCCUCUCUAAGGAGGAUGUGUCCAAAGAGGAGAUGACUGAGAAUGAGGAGGAGGUCAUCAACAUCCUCCUGGCUCAGGAGAACGAGAUCCUGACUGAGCAGGAGGAGCUCAUCUCCCUGGAGCAGGUGCUGCGCCGGCAGAUCGCCACAGAGAGGGAGGAGAUCGAGCGACUGCGUGCCGAGAUCGCCGACAUCCAGAGCCGCCAGCAGGGCCGCAGCGAGACGGAGGAGUACUCGUCGGACAGCGAGAGCGAGAGCGAGGAUGAGGAGGAGCUGCAGAUCAUCCUGGAGGACCUGCAGAAGCAGAACGAGGAGCUGGAGAACAAGAACACGCACCUGAACCAGGCAAUCCACGAGGAGCAGGAGGCCAUCAUCGAGCUGCGCGUGCAGCUGCGCCUGCUGCAGAGCCAGCGGCUGCAGUCUGUGCAGCCUGCGUAUCCCGCGCAGCCUAGCCCUGAGGCCCGGCCCGAUGAGGUGCCGCCCAGGGACGCCGCCGCCAACGGCAAACCCCCCACCGAGCCCCCCAAGCCCUCCCCCAGCAAGGACCGCCGCGAGACCAACCUCUAAGCACCCUGCCUUCAGCGUCAUUAUUGCCUGACCCCCCCCCCCCCCCACAAAC